UUGAAGAAUCAGAAAAUGAAGAUGGAAGUAGAGGUGGCAAUACCACCACCCAUUCCAGGAAAGCAGCAAAAGUGUGUUGGGAAUGUAUUUAGUUGUAGUUCUAUUGCAGGAGAAAAGAAGCUCAUAUGUGUUACAAGUGGCAACUCUUACUUAGGUUCUUCCAUUGUCAAGGAGCUACUGUCUCAUGGUUACCUUGUUCGAGUCACUGUUCAACACCAAGUGGAAUUGGGAGAACUGAAAGAUCUGAUAGGGGAAGAAGAGUUCAACCUAUUGGAGAGUGUGGUUUUAACCAAGAUGGGAGAUUUACAAAGCCUUUGUGAUGCUUUUAGAGGCUGCCAUGCUGUUUUUCAUACGUCUUCCUUCAUUGAUCCACAUGGGAUCUCUGGUUAUUCAGAACAGAUGGUGUUUGUUGAGACUGAAGUGGCGAGAACUGUUGUGGAAGCUUGUGCAAGGGCAGCCUACGUAAAGAGAUGUGUCUUCACUUCUUCUCUAAUAGCAUCCAUUUGGAGGAACGGAAACAUGGAUGGGGUUAUUGAAGAGAGUUGUUGGAGCAGUGAAGAAUUUUGCAGAGAAAAUAAGCUUUGGUUUGCAUUGGGUAAGACCAAGGCCGAGAAGGUAGCUUGGAUGAAAGCAAAGGAAUUAAAAGUAAACCUGGUUACUGUCUGCCCGGGUCUUCUCAUGGCUCCCACCUUUCCAAAUGCUUUACCAUACCUCAAAGGUGGGCAGACGAUGUUACAGCAAGGCUGCUUAGCAAUUGCAGAGGUGAAGAAGGUGGCCAAAGCUCAUGUGAAGGUGUACGAAGGCAUGGAUUACGGAGCAUGUGGGCGAUAUUUUUGCUUUGAUGGAGUAGUGAGAAGAUUGGAAGAGGCCAUUGAACUUGAAAAUGGGCUAAAGAUAGCAGGUCUUUUGUUGGGAGAUGUAGUGUUAUCAGAUGAAGAAAUUCCAAUCAAAAUUAGCAAUUCAAAGCUUGCCGCUCUCUUAGACAAGGCCUCUCAACGGGUGUCUUGUAGUGGUUGAAACCUCGAUGUUGUAACAUUUUGUUGGGGGGUUGUU